AUCUCUAAAUAUAUCCCGAUUUCAGACACAGCAAAACAAACGCUUCGACAGUCAAAGGUUAUAUCUUAGACAACCUGCUCGUCGAUGUAACUGACCGCACAUCUGCAUCGUUCGUGGGUACAGAACGUUCGUGGCAGCGAAGGCGAUCGCAGCCGUCAAAAUCCUAAUGAAAUUUCGGAGUAAAAACCGGAAGGAGAACGACGCAAAGUCAACUCGCCAUAAAUAUGUAUUUCUCGACGCAGCAACCAACCUCGCCAAGUAUCGGCCGCUCUCGUCAGAUAGCGCGGCGGAUACCUUGCUCCAGAUUCUCCACUACCUAGUCUUCCCUGGACCGCAGCGUCAAUAACACACGGACUACACAAAUAAAAUGAGGCUAUUUAAAAUCCGCUUCUCAACAAUGUGAGAGUCCGCGAUCUUUAACUGGGCCAUUAACGGCCAUCCUUCUCCAAUCAUGAAAGUCAGUUUUCUGUUCGCUAUUUUGUUUCUAACAUGGACUGUUGCGGUUCAAUUUUGUCCGCAACAUUGUUCAUGCAAGUCGGUUGGUGCUCAAGCUGAGUGGUUACGUCUCAAAUGUGGCGACCACUUGGAAGACAUCAAGGAUGUGGAUGUCAACAAAGUCAGCGUGGAACUUAUACAGCUAGAUUUGAGCAAAAAUGCUAUUUACGUGAUUCAAGCGGAUGUAUUUGCAAAUUUGACAAAUUUGAGGCGGCUUGAUUUAUCCAAAAAUAAAAUUAGUUCUAUAGGCGAAGAUUGUUUCAAUGGCUUGGAAAACUUGGAGCGACUAGAUUUGAGUCAGAACCAAAUAUCAACGAUAGACAGUUAUGCAUUCAAGAAAUUAUCAAACCUGAAAAGGCUCGAUUUGUCUGGAAAUAAAAUAUCUGCUCUGGCGUCAUCUUUAUUUCAUAAUUUGCUGGCCUUAGAUCGUUUGAAAUUAAACGGGAACAGUCUAACUACUUUAAAAGAAGGAACGUUUCAUGGGCUCAAGUUGUUAAAACAGCUAGAUUUGUCUAAUAAUCCUUGGAAAUGUAACUGUGAUCUAUACUGGUUUAGUAAUUGGAUCUACAAUUCUUCGAUUAAAUUAAAUCCACUGCCAAAAUGUGCAUCGCCAUCUAUCGCCAAAGGACAACCACUGAAGAAAUUAAGAUUUUUGGAAGAAUUUCAGUGCCAAUGGAUAUCGCCAACAAUUGAAAUACGUCCGGUUCAAAAUCAAGUAGUCUUUGCUGGAGAUUCGAUUACUUUGAAGUGUAGAGCGCCCAGCAUUACGAUAGACAAAAGUGCCAGAUUGAACUGGUUAUGGUAUCCUAAUGCUACCGCUGAUAUCGUGGACUUGAGUGCUUACAAGGAUCCGCGAAAAAGUUUACCUAAUAUUAAGGUUGACAAUAGAUACCUUUCAGAUAGCGGUAUCGUAGACAGUGCUCUUAGUAUAGUCCCGAUCAAAGAAGAACACAAUGGACAAUGGAAUUGUUUAUUAGUUUCCACAAAUGGCAACAAAUCGAAAGCAGUCAGUGUUAUCGUGAUAUCCGAACAUACGCGUUAUUGUCCUCUGGCAGUAACGAGAAACAACAAGGGUAUUUACACAUGGCCGAAAACGAUAGUAGGAUGGAAAGCAGAACUGCCCUGCGAAGGCAGUCGUCUGUCGGGUUUGAUGCAAGCGUCUUUAAAAGCUUUUUAUCAUUGUAACAUGAGUGGUCAAUGGGAAUAUUUAAAUACAGAAUCGUGUCCGUACAUAUCUCAUACAACGAAAAUUUUGGAGCAAUUUUCGAAAGUUAAUCUGUCUCUGACGAAAAGCAGUUUGCUGGAGACAGCUAAGAGAUUCAAGAAUUAUACGGGAAACGGUUCAGUAAAAUUAACAGAUCCGGUUGAGAUCCAUUUUAUCGUGCGGACCAUAGAAAACUACUUGAGUUUCCUAGUAGACGAGAAGGAACUCGGAAUCAUGUUGAUCGACAUUGUCAGUUCGAUGAUGAAAUUAUCGAAAGAGAUGUUGAAGAGAGCGGAAAUAAGUUUUAAAGCUUGCACGAGAUUGAUCAAAGCGAUCGAACGUAUUAUAGAAUUUACACCAUCCAUCCAGUCACAUAAAAAGUACAUGGCACUCGAGGAGUUUCGAGUCAAACGUGACAGUUUCGGUGGAUUAACAUGUACGUGGUAUACCAACGUCGCUGUGAGUGCCGAUUCAGACGCAAGAUUUCUGCAUUGUACAACGAUUAACAGGACGAUGCCGAUCAAUACAAAAGAUAAGACGAUAGAGGCUUCCAUUCAGUUACCUGCUUCUUUGCUCCAACAUUCGCAAGACAGCGUAAUAACUCAACAACUCAUGAUAUCCAUGUAUAGCGAUAACAGACUAUUUCCUAAGACAAUCGCAAAUAACAGCAUGGAUAUAUCAACUUGCAUCGUCGGUAGUAAAUUAAUUGGUACAUCAAUACGAAAUUUAUCCGAACCGGUUUAUGUUAUGCUAAAGGCACCAUUGUAUCAUUACAACGGGAAAAGACCGAGACCAGUAGUAUGGGACGAAACAUUAAAUAAUGUGGGAGCUUGGACUAGCGAUGGAUGUCAUUUAACCAAUCUAUUGAAUAAUCUGAUAGUCUUCCAUUGCAACAGAUUGGGAUAUUAUGGACUUUUGCAGGAAAUUUCGCAUCUUGAUAAGGACGGAAAUAGUUUACAUGGAGCGAAAUUUAGGUACUCGCAUCCCGCGAUAUAUAUCGGCAGUUUUAUGACGAUAACCUGCUUGAUGAUCAUGUCCGUGACGUAUAUUAUUUCUUAUACUUCCAUCACAAUGCCUAAGAAGGCGAAACACUCCAUUAUCAACACUUGGUUCGCCAUGGCGUUAUUGUCGUUCCUAUAUAGCAUCGGCAUCCAACAAACAGAGCAUCUCGAGAUUUGUCAAGGUGUUGGUCUUGCUUUGCAUUAUCUGUCGUUAUGUUGCCUAUUGUGGAUGGCAGUAUCUGCUAGUAAUAUGUACAAAAAACUGAUGAAACCAGGUCUCAAUGUGAUACCCGAUGAUGAACUUCCGGAUCAACCUAUACCCAAACCUUUGUUAGGACUCUAUUUAGUUGGUUGGGGUGUAGCCUUGAUAAUCUGUGGAAUAUCCGGCGCGAUCAACUUGCGCGAAUAUGCCGGUUAUUCUCAUUGCUUUCUCACAUCCGGACCGGCGCUUGCUGCGCUUUUUAUACCGUCCGGAAUUUUAAUUGCGUAUCUGGUCAUCUUUCUUCUGCUCAUCAGACGUGCGAUUCAGAAUGUCGAUACGAACGCGCAAUUGUCCGAGGGUACUCAGGCAACGGAGAACAUGGAUCUAGAAUUAUUGGAGCCGAAUGCGAAUCCUUCCGGAGAUAGGAAUAGCAUGCGCAGUACGCAGACUGUAUCCUCUGACAUGGAAGAUCCGGAACACUCGCAAUUUACGCAAUGGAAAGGCCAAAUCAUUAUGUUGGUACUAUAUCUGAUGUCUUGGGGUAGUGCAGCUGCGGUAACGAUUAAGCCAUUUGACUCCAUGCCAUUCGAAGAGAUGGUAUUUGCCGUGAUGUACGCCAUUACUACAAGUUCGCUCGGUAUGUUUGUAUUAUUUUUUUACGGGAUCGCUCGUAACGAUGUCCGGAGUCAAUGGUUGAAGAUGCGAUGCUGGCUAGAGAAGCGUAAGAAUCGUUGUUGUCGUACCAGGAGUGUGUGCGAUGCGAAUGCCGCGAUCCCGACGCAGCCCUUGGUGCAAAAUUUUGUCCCACCAAUAUCAAAUUCACAAGCCACUCAGGCGAUAUCCGACACGAAUUCUGUGGCUUCGUCGCGAAACACCAAUCAAUCGCAGCUCUACAACAGUUCAAAGCUCGCGGAUUUUCCGGUUAAUCGUGAAAAUAUACCUGCUGUUUCCGUGAACACGAAAGCGGCGAAUCUGAUAGUAAUGCAUCGUCAUCAGUAUCGUUCUAAUAAUUCCGUUACUACGUAUACCGAACCGUCGUCGGCCUGUGUCGAGAUGUUUUACAAUCCUCAUCAGAGCGGCGUCGCCAGAAAGUUCUUCAAAAAACAACGGAGACACGCUACUGGAAAGAAGAAUAAUCUCGGCCCUAGGAAACAGGGUGAUGGUGGAGUUACUAGUGAUGGCGGCAGUUGCGUUUCUAUACCUCGACCUACCGCGAAGAUCAACAAUAGCCUGGAACGCAGCAUCCUAAGUAGCAGCGCCAAAGUGAACAACACUAAUAUACAUGUCGAGUUGAAUCCUAUAAACGAUAUCAAAAACGUAAACAUAUUGUCGGACAGCGGCGGCAGCAUCUCCGAGGAAAGAAACAUUCCGAUACGCUUCGUUAUCGGUCAGGAAAACCUGAUGCGUAGCGUCAAAAAGAUCAACAAUAGCGCGCAACAGGACAGCCCGCACGUUAAUGUCGUGAUGUCCAAUACGGCGAGAGAAACGCCGCAACUGAGGAGAAUGGCACAAGACUCGGACGCGGACGUUUCGAAGACGGAUGAAGAAUGGCAUCUACGAAACGUCUCUCAGCAGUGCAGUUUGGAAUACAGUUCCGAAAUGGAUACUGUUACGCAGAUGACUAGCGAGCGGAGCGAUCAUAAUCUGCCCGAAAUUUGCGAGAAUAUAGAGACGGCACAGGAGGAUCAUUUCUCGAGGAAAAGGUGUCCCAGCGUGAGCGAGAUCGACGUCAGUGCUGAAGAAGAAUAUGUUUCGAGAAAUAUGAUGGGACGCUUAUAUCUCUCCAACAGCAUGUACUGCCUACCAUUGGAGCACGAAAAACCGCCGAUGAAUAGCUACUGUAAUUCGCUGAAUGAUAUCUCAUCAUUGAAGCACCGCGAGUACUCGAAACCGUCGCUCAUAGAUGUACAAAGUACAACCAGCUCAAAUCUGUGCGGGCAAGAAGUUCCUGAAUCCCGAGGAUCGUUCGACCGUUCGCUCUUCGAGAUAAACAGCUUGACUAGUGAUAAUCCGUGCACAUUGACACCACACGCGGAAACUCCCUACGCCUGUUCUCUAUCGAAUAUUUAUUGUAUCUCCGAUAAAAGUUUAGAGGAAAAUAACUCUCACGAGGAAUCGCAACUGCCAGACGUGGAUCAUAAUGUGUUAACUGCACCCGAAUCGAAAGAUCUUCUCUCAGAGAAGAAUUUCAGUUCUCUCACUGAUAUCCCGUCAAUUAGUAGAUCCAGUUCGCGCGAUAUCAAUAAUCUCAAUUUAAUAAGCGAAAUGAACGUAUGUACGGAACCUGCAAAGUUGAGUGAUAUGCAUGAGUUUGAGGCUAAUGAAAUCUAUUUGGACGAGCCAAUGAGCCAUUUGCCAGUUAAAAAGGAAACAAGUGUUUAAUAUAUAUAGAUAUUAGAUUACCUCUCUUUUCAUUCGUCUGCUACUAUGACAUAUUUAUUUUUAUGCAUAAUUUUAUAGACUGCACAUUUAUUGACAGUAGCAUUUUAUAAUUUUAUUACUUUAUAAGAUUAAUUUUUAUUAGAAUCAUGUGUUCAAUGCAUCUCUCAUAUAUUAAAUACUCGUGGUUUUCUGCUAUUUAUAUCGCGUUCAAAGAUGUAAUUAUUUAAAGACUUUGUACAUAAUGAAAAUUAUUCGAAAUAACUUACUCGAAAUAGUCUUCAAUCAACUUGAUAGUUCAUUAAAAGUAAGUGAAAUCUGUAUUUUAAAUGAUUAAUCAGUUGGAGUAGAUGCAACAGAUUUGGACAAUUUUUAAAAUAUUAUCAUGUCCGAGUAUUACUCACAUCAACAUGCCGACUCCAGUCAGAGUCUUUUUCAAAAAUUAUUGAUGUCAUAGAGAUUGGUCUUUACAUCAAAAAUCUAUAAAUUUUUUAAUUUAGCUGACUCGAUAUCGCACGACUGAUUUCUUGGCAUGAAUGCAACUAUUAUUCGUCAUAUCCUGAACAAAUACUCUUCACUUUAUAUACAUAGAGAUUAUAUCACGUAGAGAUGUGAUUAUAAAAUCAUUUUGGCUGUGAAAUAUUUCUCUAAUUUGAAAUCGAUGAAUUUGAUAUCUGAUACACAGUUCAACAUUUGUCACAGUUCAACAUAUUAUAGCAAUCACAAUAUUAGCAUUUUUUUAUAUAUAUUUAUUAUAAAUAUAUUAUAAAUAUAUUAUAAAUAUCUUCUCUGCAUUUAUAUGAUCUCUAAAACGAAUAUAAGAGUGUAUCUUAUUUUAGCAAGAUGACGCUUGCUUUUAUAACUAAUACGAAUUAAGAAAUACGAAUACGGAAAUUUCUAUAAAUCGAAGACUGAAUAUUAAAUUAAAUUUAUGAAAUAGAAUGAUUACCAUCGACUUUCUUCCAUAAAUAUAUACACUUAAAUAGAAAAGAAAUAUUAACUGUACGACCCCCCCCAUUUUCGGUAACAAUGCCUGAUAUUAUAUUGUAAAUAACGUUUAAUUAAGAUUUUAAGAUGAACAAAUGUAAUUCGUAUUAAACGCGUUAAAGCAGCUUGAGAAAUUUUAUAUAUCAUAUUUCUUUGUCUUAUUAUUAUUUUUACUUUUAUAUUGAUUUCUUCUCGAGAAAUAUAAAUUUCAAUGUACGUACAAUUGUAUACAAGCUUAGUUAUUAAUUAAUACAUGUAUAUUGUACAC